UAUUGCAAAUAAUGUCGAGGAGUGAUUGUUGAGUCAUGGGGUCAGAGUCUGUGAAGGUGGUGGUGAGGUGUAGGCCGCUGAAUGACAGGGAGAAGGCUCUCUGCUCUAACAUGGUGCUGUCCAUGGACCUGCACCGCUGCCAGUGCUUCAUAGAGAAGCCAGGUGUAGUGGAUGAGCCACCGAAGCAGUUCACCUUUGAUGGGACUUACUUCAUGGAUCAAACCACUGAGCAGAUGUACAACGAGAUUGCCUAUCCUUUGGUUGAGGGUGUCACUGAGGGAUACAAUGGCACAAUUUUUGCCUAUGGUCAAACUGGAAGUGGGAAAUCUUUCACCAUGCAGGGGGUGGUGGAUCCUGCAGCCCAGAGGGGAGUCAUUCCACGUGCAUUUGAACACAUAUUUGAGAGUAUUCAGUGUGCAGAAAACACAAAAUUCCUGGUGAGGGCAUCCUACCUUGAGAUUUACAAUGAAGAAAUCCGAGACCUUUUGGGAAGUGACACCAAACAGAGAUUGGAGCUGAAGGAGCAUCCAGAGCGUGGGGUGUAUGUGCGGGAUCUCUCCAUGCACACUGUGCACAGUGUGGGGGAGUGUGAGAAGAUCGUAGAGCAAGGCUGGAGGAACCGGGCAGUGGGCUACACGCUGAUGAACAAAGACUCCUCCCGCUCACACUCCAUCUUCUCCAUCCACCUGGAGAUCUGCAGCACUGAUGCAGCAGGCCAGGAUCAUCUACGAGCUGGAAAGCUGAACCUUGUCGACCUGGCAGGAAGUGAGCGCCAGUCUAAAACCGGUGCUACUGGUGAGAGACUCCGCGAGGCCACCAAGAUCAACCUCUCCCUCUCGGCCCUGGGUAACGUCAUCUCUGCGCUGGUGGACGGACGCUCCAAAUACAUCCCCUACCGGGACUCCAAGCUGACCCGGCUGCUGCAGGACUCUCUGGGAGGAAACACGCGCACCCUGAUGAUCGCCUGUCUGUCGCCCGCAGACAACAACUACGAGGAAAGCCUGAGCACACUGCGCUACGCUAACCGUGCAAAGAGCAUCCAGAACAGGCCGCGGAUCAAUGAGGACCCCAAGGAUGCUCUGCUGCGAGAGUAUCAGGAGGAGAUCAGGAAGCUGAGGGCCCUCGUCUCAGGCCAGCUAGGCACUGCUAACCUUGCAUCUCUUCUGGCUGCUCAGUCUUCUGAGAAACCCUCAGCAGUUCCUUCAAAGCCACAGUCCAGCACCCCAGAAGCAGAGAAGGACAAGAUUAAAGAGGAGUACGAAGAGAGGCUGGCCAAGUUGCAGGCUGAGUACAAUGCAGAACAGGAAUCCAAGGCCAAGCUGCAGGAGGACAUCACUGCCCUGCGCUUCUCUUAUGAAUCCAAGCUGUGCAACCUGGAGAAGAACGCAGCCAGCAGGGGGAGCUCUGUUCUAAAGGAUGGAAAAUCACCAGCCCCCAAGAAGGAACAAUCAUCUGUGAGCUCUAGUUCUAUAACACAAGUGGCUGACGAGGAGCUCGGCCAAAACACUGACUCACUGGGUCCCAGUGUCCAUGUAGAGACUUCCAUUACUGAGCAGGAUGUACCGUGUGCAGCAGUCGGUGUCCAAAAAUGUCUGGACGGGGACGUGCUCGUCGACUCCCCUGACGUCACUUCUGCAGGGCCUCUGGACCAGAAACACGCCCUGGAGAGACUGCAUCAGCUGGAGCAGGAGGUGGUCGGAGGCGAGCAGGCCAGGAACAAGGAGCUCCAGCAGAGACAGCGUCAGAGGAAGAACCUGGCCGACCAGAGGAAAGUCAGUCUUAUCCACGCUCUGUCAGAGAACAGUGAGGAGAGCGAAAAUGUGCUGCUGAACGUCUACAACUCCAUCCAGGAGGAGGUCCACGCAAAAAGCCAAAUGCUGGUCAAGGUCCAGGGGAAGCUGAAAGCAGCCAAACUGGAGAUACGUGACCUGCAGGCAGAGUUCGAGGUGGAGAGGAACGACUACCUUGCAACCAUCCGGCGUCUGGAGAGGGAGGGUCAGUUACUGCACAGCCUGCUGGAGCGAACGGUGCCCCUGGUGCGUCGAGACUGCAACUACAGCAACUUGGACCGCUUGAAGAAAGAAGCUGUCUGGGACGAGGACGGCACCACCUGGAGGCUGCCAGAUGUGAUGGUGCAGAAAACAUCCCUGCCUUCAGCAGUGGCUCCGAAACCUUCAGCAUGCAGAGGUUCAGCUGCGGAUUCUGGAGAGCCACUUAUGGUGGAGGAGGACAGAUAUAAGGAAAUGCUGAACCGUAGUGCAAGUGAAAACAUCGCCAGCAGCUACUUCAAGUCAAAGAGAGCGAGCCAACUGCUUGGAGUUGAAACCAAGGUUCACGCCGUCCGCUCUCCUCCAUUGGUUAAUGGGGCGGCCCACCUCACUGUGAGUGGUUCCACUACGAACCCACCUGUAAGCUCUGACUCCGUGUUUCCACGCCCUUUCCGCCUUGAGUCGUUGACAGCCCAGGGGUCCAUCGGUAAGGGGAAGCGCAAGAAGAGCAAAUCUCACAUCUACAGUGAGGGGAUUUAGUAAACAGACUGUAAAUUCCCAUUCCCACACACUCUUUACUCAUCUCAUUGUUGUCCAUUGACUCAAAGUUUUUAUACCCUUCUGUUGAACACAAAAUGCUAACGGUAAGUUAUUCAACUUCAGGCUUUCUUUCGCCAUAUAUGAAAACACUAUGAACCUUUUGUCGGACAUUAUGUUUUUUGUUUUUCAAUGCUUAUUUUCAAAAGAAUACUACCUACAGUAUAAAACUACCUUCAUUUUUGCACUGUCCCUAUGAUUCCUGCACUGUGAGACUCAAAGUCCAGCUACUCUAAUAUUUCACUUCUAAUGUAUUUCACUGCUGCUUAAUGUAAAUCACUAUUUAACCAGUUCUGUUUUUGACAUCUGCUAAAUUAAAAAGAUCAAAUUGA